AUGACAAGCACAUUUUUCUAUGAUGAUGAAAUGCUGCUUCUAAAACAAGAUAAUGAUGUCAGUGAAGGAAUGUUGCUUCAACAACAAGAUAAUGUUCAGCCUAUAAGUGUGGAUACCACUCAUUUAUGGUCGACCGAUCAGAUAUUUGAAAUUGUUGAUGACCUUAAACAAUGGGCUAAGAAUGUUGGGAAGGACAAUGGAUAUGCGAUUGUGACUGGAAGGUCUGAUUAUUCCAGAAAAGGUGGAAAUAUGUAUAUUAUUCUGCGGUGCUCGAAGCAUGGUGUGUAUAUCCCGUACAAGGACCCUAAGUCCUUCAAGUACAACUCCACCGGAUCACAAAAAUGUAAUUGUCCUUUUAAACUUAAAGGACGACCUACGGAGGGUGAUAGAAAUUGGUGGCUGAAAGUGUUGGAAGGGGUACACAACCAUGAACCAGCUAGAUCUUUGGUUGGCCAUUCCUAUGCUGGUCGACUAACAGAAGAAGAGAAGGUUCAAGUCGACAACAUGAAUAACAAUUGGGUCCCACCGAGACACAUGUUGGCCACUUUGAAGGAAAAUAAUCCGGGUAACUUGUCUACCAUCACUCAAGUGUAUAAUCGCAUCAAAAAAGUUAAAGAACUAGACCGCGGGCCACUUACAGAGAUGCAAUAUUUGCUGAAGAAGUUGGCAUAA